GUGUGUGUGUGUGUGGUCUGUAACGUUAAAUGAUUGAACAACAGUGAGAGUUUUUAUUGAGAGCCCUUGAUGAUAACAGAUUGAUAGAUAGACAGAUAGAUCCGUUCUGUUCACCAGAACGAAACAACUGAGCUUAGGGGGAGAAAGAGAGACAGAGUACUUAGAGAGAGAGAGAGAGAGAAAGAGAGAGAGAGAGAGAGAGAGCGAAGAAGAAGCAAAAUAGGGUCGUCUCGUCUCGCUUCAACCCCAGUAGAUCCACUGCGACAGUUGUUUCCCUCUCUUCAUCUUCUCCGGAUUGUAGCUGUCACCUCCUUUUGAUAUUUACCCUCUUGGAUCUUUCUGUGCCUCUGUGUGUGUGUGUGGGGGGGGCUGUCUCAAACUCUCUUCACCCAGAAGCUUCACUCUCUCUCAAGCUGGGCUAGGGUUGAAGAAGAAGGAGAGCAGGGCGGAAGAAAGAAUCGACCAGGAAGAGAUUGCCCGCCAAACAGAGAGAGGGGGAGAGAAAGAGAGAAGAGAGAGAAAGCAGGUGUUAGAUAGAGAGAUAUGGCAUCAACAUCAUCAUCGACACCGUUCUUCAGCCUCGGAGACGAGAGCCAAAACCAGAUGAUGCUUCAGCAGCAAUCCUCCACGACAACCUCUUCGACUGGCCCGACGCCGGCGCCGCCCAAGAAGAAGAGGAACCAGCCCGGAACUCCAAAUCCAGACGCAGAAGUGAUAGCACUAUCUCCCAAGACCCUAAUGGCAACAAACAGGUUCAUUUGUGAGGUAUGCAACAAAGGGUUCCAAAGGGAGCAAAACCUACAGCUCCACAGAAGAGGACACAACCUGCCUUGGAAGCUGAAGCAGAAGACCACAAAGGACGUGAAGCGCAAGGUCUACCUCUGCCCCGAGCCCACCUGCGUCCACCACGACCCGUCCCGGGCCCUUGGCGACCUCACCGGCAUCAAGAAGCACUACUCACGCAAGCAUGGCGAGAAGAAGUGGAAGUGCGAGAAGUGCUCCAAGCGCUAUGCUGUCCAGUCUGAUUGGAAGGCCCACUCCAAGAUCUGCGGCACUCGGGAAUACCGAUGCGAUUGCGGCACUCUCUUCUCUAGGCGCGACAGUUUCAUCACUCACAGGGCCUUCUGCGACGCACUAGCUCAAGAAAGCGCGAGGCACCCAUCGAGCUUAAACACUUUAGGGAGCAACCUCUAUGGCAACAACAUCAGUUUGGGCCUCUCUCACCAGGUUGGCUCCCAAUUGCCCAUCCUCCAAUCCCAUAACCACCCGCCAAGCAACAUGCUCCGGCUCGGCGGUGCCUCCAACUCCUCUACCUUCUCGCAGCCGCCUCCACAAAUGCCUCCCCCUCCUCCCGCCGCGUUUUUCAAGCCCGAAGCCGCCGACUCCCUGCACGAGCUCCCAAGCCACAAUCCUCUCUCCGGGUUGAUGCAGCUGCCAAACCUCCAAGGUAACGCUAGUGCCUCCCAAUCGAACCUCUUCAACCUCAGCUUCUUUGGCAACAAUGCCGCCGCUGCCAGCUUGGGCACCGGCGACAAUGCCACCACUGCCUCAGCCGCCGCCGCCAACUUUCAAUCUCCAGGCUUCUUGGGCCAGUUCAACGGCGGGAACAAUGGCGGCAACCAAGCGGCUGGUCUCUUCUCAGAUGACCGGGUCGGGUCAGGCUUUUCUUCUUUAUUCAACGCCUCAGCGCAGAAUGAGAACAUGGUGGCUCACAUGUCCGCAACUGCGCUGCUUCAAAAGGCAGCUCAAAUGGGGUCCAUAACGAGCAGCAACAGCUCCUCGUUGUUGGGCGGAUUGGGGAGCUCAUCAGGCGGCAGCGGCAGCGCUGUCAACCGGCAAAUGAGGUCCGUCAACUUUGGUGGAGGCAGCGGCAAUUUUCCUGACAGCGGCGGGAAGCUGCCACCACAGAUGGAAAGCGAGAACCAUCUCCGAGGCUUGAUCAGUUCCUUCGCCAGUGGAAGCUCUUCGAUAUUCGGAGGUGGGGGUGGUCAUGAGCAUGAGAACAGCUUCGGUGGGUUCAAUGAAAGCAAUAUCUCGUUGGAUCACCAUCAUCAUCAGGACCAAGGUAGUGCGAGCUUCUGCAAUGUGAACGACGCCAAGUUGCACCAAAAUCUCACGACGAGCAUGGGAGGGUCCGAUAAGUUGACUUUGGACUUCCUGGGUGUGGGAGGGAUGAUGAGGAAGAGAUCGGACGGUAGUUUCGCGCACAGAGAGCAGCAGCAGCAGCAACAACAACAACAUGGGACGAUCAACAUGAGUUCUCUACACGGCGACAGGAAGUCAGAGCAGGGAAGUCAACCAUUUGGGAGUUCGAAAAUGCACUGAAGGAAUUGAGGGUUAACCGAGAACUUGAGAAGGGCAAAAGAGGUCAGUCCAUCAGUUGGUAGGUUUUUCUAAAGGAUAAAUAUGUGCGGCGAGAAAAAAAAAUUGUAAGAAGAAAAAACGCAUGUCAAAGUAGGGUUUGUCUCUAUUAGGGUUUUUUCUGGUUUUUUUUGUUUUCCGUAUCUUCAGGAAGAAUGUGCCACCCCCACUCUCACCUCCAUAUUUUUUCUAUUCGAACAAUUCAGUUUGUAAUGUUGGCUACAAUUGAAUGUGUACUUGCUUAGUUAGAGCAACAAGCUCGCAUA